AAGCGAUUACUAAAUAGCUAUUAGCUACUAUAAUCUAUGAAUGUUCUCCGUAAUAAACAUUAUUUACUGAAUAGUGAAUACUGAAUAUGCAUGAAUAGUGAAUGUUAUACAUUUAUACAUUAAAGAUACAUCUUUCAUAAUGGCUUCAUCCAUCAUCGUUAAGUUUUAAAGAAUAGAAUCAGUUGUUAUACCUACUUAUACAAUUUAAUCUACCAUCAUGAAUACCUCACGAUUAAAUGUACAAAUUCGUACAAUUUACACUAACAUUCGUUUGCUAACAAAACCAUCUGAACUCUAUGAUCAACGGGUGAGUGAUGGUCAAUUAAUCAAUGAUGAUCAUCAACGUAAAAUCGUUAAACAGCUAGAUGAAGUGUAUACAUCAUUGAAAGAUUAUUCGCCACCAUCACAAAAUGUAAUUUCAAAAUUGUUUAGUGGACUGAAAGAACCUUUAAACGGUGUUUACAUGCAUGGAUCAGUUGGAUGUGGUAAAACCAUGUUAAUGGAUUUAUUUUUUUCCUGUUGCAAAGUUGAAAAAAAACGAAGAGUCCAUUUUGAUGAGUUUAUGUUGGACGUUCAUAAUAGAGUUCAUAAUUUAAGAUUGAGCACUAAAAACAAUUUUGAUGCAAUUCCAAUGGUUGCUGAUACAAUACUAGAACAAUCAUGGUUACUUUGUUUCGAUGAAUUUCAAGUGACUGACAUAGCAAAUGCAAUGAUAUUGAAACGACUUUUCACUGAGCUUUUUGAUAAAGGUAUGGUUAUGGUAGCAACCAGCAAUCGUAAACCAGAUGAUCUAUAUAAGAAUGGACUACAAAGGUUUUUAUUUUUACCAUUCAUACCAGUGUUAAAGCAACAUUCUAUAGUAGUAAAUUUGGAUUCCGGUAUUGAUUAUAGAGUUAUAAGAGCAAAAAGUGGAUACAAAUCAUAUUUUGUGCGAAAUGUUGAUACCAUAAAAGAUUUUGAAAACUCCAUUAAGAGAUUUACAAACAGUGAAAAUGAUACUGUUAGGCCAAGAACAUUAAUUAUAAUGCAAAGGAAUCUUGUAUUCCAAAGAGUAUGUGGACAAAUCUUGGAUGCUUCUUUUGAAGAACUAUGUGAUAGACCUUUAGGAGCUGUGGAUUACUUAUAUUUAGCUCAAAUGUUUCAUACAAUAGCUAUAAGAGAUGUUCCUCAAUUGGAUUUAGAUUCAUUGUCACCAUUGAGACGUUUUAUUACUCUGAUUGAUACACUUUAUGACAAUAAGAUAUUUGUUCUAAUAUAUGCAGAUAAACCAGUAAAAGAAUUAUUUGUAGCUAAAAAAACAGGUGGAUUAGAUGAUGACCAAAAAGUUCUUAUGGACGAUUUAAAUUUACAACCCGAAUCGACCAAUGCUAAAGCCAAUGUAUUUACUGGUGAUGAAGAAAUAUUUGCAUUUGAUCGAACAGUAUCGAGGCUCAUAGAAAUGCAAUCAAUUGACUAUUGGAAAAAUAACCGUUCAAAAGUAUAAUCCUAAUAAAUUACAAUUAUUUUUCUAAGAAAUAUGAUUAUACAUAAUAUGAUUAAUAAUCAAGAUCAAACUCAACUAUUUAGUUGUAGGUGUUUUAGUAUUUUGGAUAGCAUAUAAUUAUUAUAAUUAAGUACCUAUUAGAUAAAAUGUAUUUAAUUUCUACUAUGAAAUCAUAACAUAUCUUAAUGCAAUACAACCAAGCACGUUUACAGGGGGGGGGGUUCAAAUAAUUUUGAGUAACGAAGAAAAAAUUGUUUUUUAUAUUGCGGCACAAUUUGUAUUGCUAAAUUUUGUAAACCUCACCCAAAAUUUUUUUUGUAUACGUGCUUGAACACAACUAUUAAGUAUUAACUACAUAUGAAAAAAUAUUAAAAAUAUUAAAUGUACAAUUGUACGCUUUAAAAGUAUUCAAACAGUAAAUUAAAAAUAUUUUGAGAAAAAACA